UUCCCGGCUGAACAGAGAACUAAAGUGUUAGUCGCACAUCAGACCGCUGGACUACCUUCAUAGUGACACUACAGCAGAAAUAUGGCUCUACCCAUAGACCCCAUGGAGGAGCCCCGCAUGUACCAGCAGACCCUGUUACAGGACGGCCUCUACGAUCUUCUGGAGAGUGAUAUGAUGGUGGACUGUAUUUUGAAGGUAAAGGACAAGGAGUUUCCCUGCCACAGGCUGGUUUUGGCCGCCUGUAGCUCUUACUUCAGGGCGUUCUUCAAAUCAGGUGUGGAAGACAGCAAGCAAAGGGAAAUCGUAUUGGAGGACGUGGAGCCUGGAGUUAUGGGCAUGAUCGUGAAGUACCUCUACACCUCGAACAUCAACGUGACGGAGCAAAACGUGCAGGACAUCUUUGCUCUGGCCAACAUGUUGCAGAUUCCUUCGAUUUUCACGGUAUGCGUCUCUUUUUUACAAAAGCGAUUGAGUUUGAGUAACUGUUUGGCCAUCUUUAGACUAGGCCUCAUGUUGGACUGCCCUCGGCUGGCCGUAUCGGCACGGAACUUUAUAUGCGAGCGCUUUCAAAUCAUCGUUCGAGAUGACGAAUUCCUGCAGUUGAACUCGAGCGAGUUGGCGGCGGUUUUGGCAUCGGAUUCUUUGAACGUGGAGACAGAGCAGGAUGUGUUCGAGGCUUUGAUUAAAUGGGUGGGACAUGGCCGAGAGACGCGGAUGGAGGACUUGCCGGGACUGCUGGAUUGCGUGAGGUUACGUCUGGUUCCUCAGAGCUACUUGGCCAAAAACGUGGAGCAACACGAGUGGCUGCGCUCACACCCAGAGAUCACCAAGAAACUGCAGCUGGUUAAAGACGCACACGCUGGGAAACUUCCGGAAGUCAAGACCAAAAGCAAAAUGAGCGAGGACAAGACGAGCGGUGAGGUAGAAAAGAAUGAGGAAGAGGAGCAGGAGGAACUACUUCCUGGUUUCCUCAAUGACAAUCUGCGGUUUGGGAUGUUUUUAAGAGACUUGAUCCUUUUAAUAAGUGACAGUGCGUCUGUGGCGUAUGACCCAACAGGAAAUGAUUGUUAUGUGGCGUCGGUCUCCACCCAAAUCCCCAAAAACCACUGCAGCCUGGUCACAAAAGAAAACCAGAUCUUUGUAGCAGGUGGACUGUUUUUUGAUGAGCAAAACAAAGACGAACAGAUUUAUUUAUACUUUUGGCAGUUUGAUCCGGCAAGCUCCGACUGGAUGGGCAUGCCUCCCAUCCCCUCCCCCCGCUUCCUGUUUGGGAUGGGUGAGGCCGAGAACUCUAUCUUUGUGAUUGGAGGGAGAGAAAUGAAGGAAGGAGAGAAAAUUCUGAAUACAGUCAUGGUUUAUGACAGACAGUCUCUUAAAUGGGCCGAGUCAGACCCUCUUCCCUACCCGGUGUAUGGUCAUGGAAUAGUGUCCCACGAUGAAAUAAUCUAUGUGAUUGGAGGAAAGGGGGAAAACAAGGAAUGUGUGAAUCGAGUAUGUGCGUAUGACACCACGAAACGGCAGUGGAAAGACCUCGCUCCUCUGAAUAUAGCACGCUCACUCUUUGGUGUCACCAUCCACAAUAACAAGAUCUAUGUAGCGGCCGGAGUCACAGACACAGGCAUCACAGGCAGCACUGAGAUGUAUGACAUCAAAACAAACAAGUGGUCAGAGUUUGUGGAGUUUCCGCAAGACCGUAGUUCACUCAGCCUGAUCUCUGUGGGUGGUGUUCUCUAUGCUGUGGGAGGGUUUGCCAUGUUCCCUACAGAAGACAGCGAUGAUCUUCUGCCCCGCGAGAUGAAUGACAUCUGGAGGUAUGAUGAAAAGGAGAGAACAUGGCACGGGAUACUGAGGGAGAUUCGGUACGCAUCUGGUGCAACGGUUUUGGGAGUUCGACUUAAUACACUUCGUCUGCAUAAGAUCUAAA